UAUCAACUGAGGAGGAGGAGGAAAAUAAAAUGACAGCGAGCACGCAGUGAUGAUAAAUGGGGUAAACAUUAAAAAUCAAAACGGAAAGAGGUGCUCCCGUGGCUGUUCGGGGAAGGAAACCCAGGGCUGGCUCAACACACAGUGUCAGUCCGGGAAUUAGAGAGUCCGGGAUUGAGAGAGAGAGAGAGAGAGAGAGACCUGUAACUGAAGUGCACCGUAAACCUGAGCUCACUGGCAUUUCUCUCCAGUCGGCCCGUGAGAGUGAACCGCUCCGCUGGAUGUACCAACUUUAUCCUCGUCCCGUGGAAACCUCGCAUGGUUGCAGCAAUGGAGUGCCUCAAAGACUGCUGCAAGAACUUCAUGAAGAAGAAGGGGAAGGAGCAGGAGACCCAAGUGAUCACACUGAAGAUGCCUCCUAAAAAGGCAUCAUGGCGGGAGCUGGAUGACGGGAGAAGGGGAGUCACAGAAGAUUACCUCUUGUCCAAGCUGCCCCCAGAUGGCAGAGAGGUGCCGUUUGUCCUCCCGACCUUCAAGGCCUCCUACAUCCAACCCAGAGGCUCCCGCUACCCCAAUUUACAGUCUGGGCUGCAGAGUUCAGCCCGGUGCACGUAUGCAGAGAGGAAAGCAGAGCUGCUGGGCUCCAAUCACUUCACCUACAGGCCUGAGUCCAGCUUCCAUCAGGGUCAGAUGACUGAGUACAUCUCCCCCAGCUCGACCCGCCGCAACACAGUGAAGAACACAAACUCCAGUCCCAAAAGUCCAGGCUGGACUCUGAAGCCGGACGGUGAGCAGCAACUGAGCAGCUCCAUGUUUGAUCUGUCCAGUUCUCAGAGUCACAUGCAGCACUUCGACUCCACCUCCAGUGUCCUCAGUAGCACAUCCUCCAUGAUCGGCUCCAUUGAAAGCAGCCUGGACUCCAUCACGCUGUCUGGGGACGAGCGCGAGCUGGGGAAGGUGUGCGUCCGAGUGAGCUACCAGGAGGCUCUGGAGCAGGUGUGGAUCACUCUGGUCCAGUGUUCAGAACUUAACCUUCUUCCGGAUGGAGUGGAACAGCAAAAGAUUGGAUUUAAAGGGAUCAUCACCAUCCCCAAACCGAUACAGUUCAAGAGCUCGAUCAAGGAGUACUGUCAGGAUGUGUCCUUCAUGGAGACCUUUGUGUUUGCGCUGCAUCUCCAGCCUUUGACCUGCAGUGCUUUGGUGUUGCGGACGCAAACACACAACCCCAGGAAACGUACGGUGGCGGAAUGCGUCCUCUCCCUGCGACAGCUUGGUCCUCAGGAGACAGAGCACUGGCUUGAUCUCAACCCUCCGUCCAAAUCCUCUGUGUGCCACUCUGAGCUGCAUCUCACCACCUGCUUUCAGCCAGUCAAUGGACGCAUCCAGCUCCAGGUCCUCGCUGCCCAAAACCUCCCAGCAUCCUCCUCACCACUCACCCAAUCGUUUUUUGUCAAAGUGGAGAUGCACCAGUUGGGGCAGGUGGUGAUGAAGAAGAAGACUCGCAUGCUGAAGGCCUCGGUAGGUCAGUGUCAGUGGACGGAGACUUUUCACUUCCUCCUGGCUGCGUUAGACCACGCCUGCUCGCUGUCAGUCAAACUCUACAGCCGGAGCUCAGUCAGGAGGAAACAGUGUCUCGGACAGGUUCAGCUGGGAUUCGACAGCCCUGUCCCAGAAGCAGUGGAGCAGUGGAAGGACACGAUGGCUCACCCAGAGAAAGUGGUGUCUGCGUGGCACAGGCUGAGCGCUGCCUAAACCUCUUCUCCUAACCUCCUCUUUACACACAACGAACGUGAUGCUCUCCUGCUGCAGGUCCAGCUGUGCCCGCUUGCUUUUCCAGUCGGUUGGCCGCAGUCCUGUACGCUAGCUGAGUCGACUCUCAUAGAGCAGACUAUAAACUACUGAACAAGCUCUGAAUGCCCUGGGAGAACAGAUUUUCACAGAGACAGUUCAGGUGCCCGGUUGUAAAUAGGGGUUUCGAACAAAGUGUAGGUGUUGGAAAUGUUUUUUUGGCAAUUUUUCUGUAGACAAAAUUAAGUUUUUUUUCUUAAAAAAACAGUAGAGCAUUUGCCUAACUGACAACAAUUCAGCUGCAUAGCAUUUAGCUGUAUAUAAUGCUGUAUUUUGUAAGUCUCAUGCCAUAUCACUGCUUUUUAGUGAAAACCUUGUCACUCUGUUUAAGUUGCAGCAUUGUUGCAAGUUUACAAGCAGAGAAAGUGACCAUAAAGCCAAACACACUGCAUUAAAAACUUCAUGUUAUCAGUCUGUAAUUAAGACCCAUCUUAAAGAAUAAGGCUGGCAAUAUUUUAUAUUUUUCAAACCCAUAAAAAAAUCAAAACCAACACUACAUUAGUCUAUUUCUCGAUACUUUCCAACUUUCCUACCCUGUCUCUGGCUCUCAACUAAAUCCCAUUGAUUUCUACUGAAGACGUAAAUCUUUAAAAACGUGUCAUGAAUAUAUAGUUUCAUUUUUAAUAAAGGCUCUGUAAUUUCCUAAAUCAGGUGGGCACUGUAGUUUUAGCAAACCUUACUAAAACUCACAAUAACAGAUUUUUUUUGGCCAAUUGGGGGCAGCAGAAACAAGCUGUGAACACCGCAUUGACAUAUCAUCACCUUUAUGUUGAUAUGGCAAACUUAUUAGCAAACAUUUACGAACGUAAAUCCAGUAUUUACUCUCUUUUAGCUCUGUUUUUGGUCUCCUCCAACUCCUGAGGGAAAUAUCUAGCUCCUUAGCUAAAUGUGCCACUAUAUUCACCAGCUAGUUGCUAACUGUGUCUGUCUGUCUGUUGUUUGGUGCUGAGCAGGUAGUGUACAGUGGGUUUUUAGAGCUUUUUCACUGACAACAGCUGCCUGCUGCUGCUGAAAACGAUGCUAAGAGAGUGGCGAGAGUGAACAACUAAAACAGUAAAGUUGCAGCCGGACAUCUAAACAAUGAGCUGAAAUUCGCUAUAAAGCUCCAUAAAGCCGAGAGGAGCUGCAUAUUCAGGUGAUAAUUAAUUUGAUAUAUUGUUUGUGUAAAAUAUUGGUUAUAGCUGCUUUAAACAGGAGUAAAUAGUGUAUUUGUGGGGACUAUUGUUAGAUGCGGAUUAAUACACAUUUGGUCUGUUAAUGAGCAUUUAUGGCAGCAGGAUGGUGUGUGUGUGUGUGUGUGUGUGUGUGUGUGUGAAUGGAGCUCUAUGGCAUAUAGGAAUAAGCGAUAUCAGGCUUUUGGAUACACAGACUUGUUUCAAAAUCCAUUCACUAUUGGUUUUGAUCUUUUCAUGGUAUAUAUUGACAAUAAGAAAAAUAUAGAUAUCACUCGACUUUAAUUCCCUAAAAGGUGAGCUUGAAGAGUUUCCCAUACCCUAAUUUAACUAUAUAGGAUAUCAUGUUACUGUACAAUACAGCAGUAUCAAACCUUAGCUGUAUGCUUUUGAUAGUGAAGCACUUUAAUUUUUUUAAAUGUAUUUAAUGUUUUAAUGUUUUAAUGUUGAUGUUUAAUGUUAGUGAUUAAAAGUAUGUGUCAUUUGGAAAUGUCAAGUUAGUUUGUGUGUUUAUUAAAAGAAAGAAGUAAAGAGAGCGCUAAUGAAAAAUAAAAUGUUGUAUGAGUA